CGUUCAGAUCGCCCGCGGAGGGUCGCAUCGCACACACUCAAAUUGCCGAAAAUUGUACAAUACUCAGAGCAAUCAAAUGCUUAUGAUGACCUCCUUCCUCGAUGCCAGCCGAGGGAGAUACCAAAGGAGAGAACGACGUCGAAGCAAAGAGCGAGCCGGGGUUGCAUCCUCUCUGUGCCUCUGAGGUGGGGUGAGGAGAGAGCUCUCCCACCUCGCAUCGCCUUCCCUUACCUUUUCCUGUGGACGAGCUGGAAGAUCGGGAGGGGAGGGGGUUAGGGCAGGGCCUAGAGGCACUACAGCAGCAGCCAGUACAACCAUCACAACAUGACGGAGUCUGGAGACCCUGUCCCGGGAGGGGAGGAGGGGGGCGGGGGCGACUGGCGACUGGCGGGGCUAAGAUUUUCGCAUAUUCAACUGUUUUCCCAUUCGAUGUAAGUUGAUAUCACUGCGCUUCUUUCCGUGAGCACUCGCCAUGUGUCAACGACAUGCGAGCGCGACACUUGCAUAAGUUCCCUCAGACGAUCAGAUGAAUGAUUUUCGCCUAUUUUUCUCGUGGACCUGGACGAGAUCUAGAAGACGAAGCUCUCGUAGCGAGAGGCUUAGAUCUAGACCAUCUGUGCAAACGAGCGGAAAGCUACUUUUUGACUUAUGCGCUCUCAUUGCCCUCGCUGCUGCAAUGCUGCUCUCUUUCUGCUGCUGCAUUGGCUUCUUGCAGCCAAUUCGUAGCCCCCUUCCACUCCCCUACUUGUCUUCUAGUCUCUCUCGCUCUCUCUCUCUCUCUCUCUCUCCCAUUUCUUAAGCAUAGCCUUUUUUGCCCCUUUCGAGUACAUUGGUAGUUGUUGAUGGAGCAGAAGUAGUGGUAAUAAGUAGUGUAGGCAAGGCAACGCACAUACACUUUUCUCGGUUGUGGGGACACGGGCUCCAUUUAAAAACAAUAUUAUAAUGCUUUUGUGGGGCUCGUAAGGGAGUGGGAGGGUCGACUGGUUUCUCCGCUAUUGGUCAAACCUCCGAGAAGGUGAAAACGACAAUCAUGUAACUUUUCCUCCUUAUGAUGGACCUCAAAUUGUGUGUGUACAAUUGAAUCUGAAAGCUCGUUUCCAUGCUCUCACUACCCAAAUUCCACAACUCCAUUGUCGCUUCAUUAUAGCUGGUCAAUCCGGCUGAUGUAACGUCGACCAACAGCGCCUCUUUCCACCUUAUAAUCUGUGUUAGAAAAUAUGGCAAUCAUUGCAGCCUUUUAAAUUAAGGAGAAAUUUGAUGAUUAAGCUCAAACUUCACGUGGACUUAGUGGAGAUCG